AUGGUGCAAAAAAUGUCUUUAGAACAAUUUAAUGAAUUGAUUGAAUGCAUAUCAAACAAUCAAUGUGAGGAAGUUAAACGAAUCUCCUCCUCCAAUAGAAACCUAAUGAGUGUGAGAACAAAAGAUGGCUCCACUCCAUUAAUUCAUGCAUGCAAAUGUAAAACCCACUUGGAAAUUGUUCAAUGUUUAUUCCAUGCUGGCUCACAACUUCUAACAAAGGACAACCGAAAGAAGACACCAUUCCUUGCUGCGUGUGAGAGUGGAAAUUUGGAAAUUGCCAAAUUUCUCUAUCGCAAUUGCAAUCAGAAACAGAGAAUGAGAUACGUUGUUGAUGAUUGUAAAGAAGAUCCACUUACAAAAUCGGUCAAAAGUGGAAAAGUUCAACUAUUGAAAUGGUUACUUCAGACACAACAGAGAAAUGUGAAUAAGUUGAGAGCCAUUUAUGUAGCUGUAGAGCUUGGAAAUGUGGAAAUGUUCAAAAUGUUGUUCAAAACAGCAAUAUAUGGUUUGAAUUGUGAUGAUUUGAUGCAUCAUUGUGUUGAAAAUCCAAAAGUGGAAAUAAUCAAAGCUCUGUAUUCAAAAUGUCAGUUUCUAGGUGCAAUAGAUUUCAAGGAUUUGGAAAAUAGAGUGAAGAGCAAUGAAGUGAAAGAAGAGUUCAAGAAAUGUUAUCAACAGAAAAGAAAGGAACAAACAUGGAAAGAUGUGAAACCUGCAUUCCUAAUAAGGGAAAAGGGAAAAGAACCAAAUGCCAAUCCAAUUCUUCGUGGACAUCCUCUUGUUCAGUUGUGUGGAGAUACGUUCAACUUAGUUUGUUCAUUCAUUAUUGAAAAACCAUCCACAGCUCUAUAUUUCAGUAACGAGUACUAUUACAUGAGUACUUUUUUGGAAGAUCGAAAGAAAUGGGAACAACCAAUUCUUGAGCACUAUGAAGAAGAUUAUUCUGAUGAUUUUUAUUAUGAUUAUGACUAUGAUAAAUACUAUAAUUGCAAUGAUUGA